UUUGCAAAAUUCAAAUUUAGAGGAUUACUAAAUCCAAUCAGGGUUAAAUCCUUCUCAAGUCAAACAACCCAAUUGCUUGGAUAAAGUUGACAGCCCCCACCCCUAGUUCUAGUUUCUCUUCCAUGGCUUCCUCCAGUUCAUCUUUCUUUCUGUCCCCUUCGAGGGUCCGAUCGCAAAACCCUAAACCCCUUAAAGAGCACCAUCUUCUCCUCUCUUUCCUUCCAAUACCAAACCCUUCUCGAUUCCCAUUGUCUCGUCGAGCUUCCAGAGGAUACCCUAACUACUCCAAGGAAGCAGUGGCAGUUGUGCCGGACCCUCGCGCUUGGGUAGGCGAUUUCGGCGCUGCGGACCUCGGUGGUGAGCUUGACGAAGACGAUGAUGAAGAGGAGGAAGAGGAUGACAGGAGCUUGGACCUUUUCGCCCGAUUGUUGCAGAACAUGUUCCGGAAAAUCUCCCGGCGAGCUCGAAGGACUGUUCGAUCAGUCUUACCCCCUUCAAUUUCCACCAAAUUGGUGCGAUUUACAGUGAAUGGGGUGUUGAUGUUAGCGUUCUUAUGGCUUCUAAAGGCGUUUCUAGAGGUAAUUCUGCAUAUUUUUAUCGUGGAACUCUUCGUAGCGCUGUUGGAGAACUUACUUUUUAGCUUAAUUGUUUGA